AUGUAUCAGGGCAUAAUGACAACCAACCACGGACCCCACUCCUAUGAGGCCGGAUUUCUGCACAACGCUUCGGCGGGCACCUCUCCGGUGUAUGUGCCCACCACCCGGGUCGUCACCCCGAUGAUGCCGUCGCUGCCUUACCUCCAGACGCCCGGUGCGUCGCAGCAGAGCAGCCCCGCGUCCAGCCACUCGGCCUGGGCGCAGCCGUGCAGCGACACGGUGCCCUCGUACAACCACUCCUCGGUGUCUCCGCGGUUCGCCUUCUCCACCAGCCCGCCUCUGUCCUCCACGGCCCGGGACACGGCAGCUUCUUACAGCAGCCCGCUAAACAUCUCUGCCAACGGGAGGGAGCACUACAGCGCCCGGAGCCUCAGCGGGUCGUAUCACAGCCCCUACCCGGCCUACAUGAGCCCGAACGUGGGUGGUGCGUGGUCGACGUCCCCUUUUGAUAGCCCGGUCCUCCACGGUCUCCAAACCGGUGCUCCUCAUGGCACAACACGGCACCCAAACAUAGACCUGUUUGACGACUUUGCUGAGGGGCGAGAGUGUGUGAACUGCGGGGCGAUGUCGACCCCCCUCUGGAGGCGGGAUGGUACUGGCCACUACCUGUGCAAUGCCUGCGGACUGUACCACAAGAUGAACGGCAUCAACAGACCUCUCAUCAAACCUCAACGACGGCUGUCUGCCUCGAGGAGGGUUGGCCUGUCAUGCACCAACUGUCACACCACCACCACCACCCUGUGGCGACGAAACGCAGAGGGAGAGCCGGUCUGCAACGCCUGUGGCCUCUACAUGAAGCUCCAUGGGGUACCACGACCCCUAGCCAUGAAGAAAGAGGGGAUCCAGACCCGCAAACGCAAACCCAAAAACCUCAACAAGUCCCAAACUGGGACCCCAGGAAGUGAUGGGACUCCAGUCACGCCAAGCAGCACUCCGCGGGCCUCCACCACCACCGAGGAGCCUCGACAGAUAAAGACAGAGCCGGACACUCGCAGCUUGUACACACACCACAGCGCACACGCACAGAUUUCCUCCCUACCAGCCUACAUGGCAGCUCAAGGCGGUGCCAUUCCUCUCAAGAUGUCCCCCGGGGGCCACGUCAUGUCUUCUGGCUCCAAAGCUGAGCCCUGGAACAACCUCAUCCUGGCCUAG